CUCCCCGCUGUGCCAUGCAGGAGCUGCUGGACACGCUGCAGCAGGAGAAGCUGGCACUGGAGCAAUCCAUCCUGGAGCUGCAGGCAAACACAUCCCGGCUGCAGGAACAGGCACAGGAGCUGAGGGAGCGGGAAAGGCUCCUGGUGUUCUUCCCCGAUCUCCACAUCCCCACUGAGACGCAGUUUGAGAGCAGUGGGAACUUUACAGAGGACAUGAAGAGUCAGCUCCAGGCCAACAAGAUCCGGAUCGAGGUGCUGGAGCGGGAGAACACGCAGCUCGAGGCUCUGCUCGCCAAGGUGAAGGCAGCAGCCGAGCAGGGCGUGCUCAAGCUCGUCCCACAGGCCCAGCUGGGGUCCCAGCUGCACAGGGAGGCCAGCAGCCAGGACACUGGGCGGCUCAGCAGCGGGAGCAGCAGGGACAGCACAGGAAUGUCAGGAAGCAUUGACAAGGUCUGGCACAGAGCUCCCAGCAGCCAGCACUCCAAGAAACUCCGGGCAGAGCCCACACCCCAGGCCAAACCGUGCCUCACGCUCCCAGUGCGACGCCUGGGGCUUGGCCUCCCCUCACUCCACACCGGGGCUCACCGCAAAUAAACACGGAUCAGUCUGAAUUUCCUGACAGAGAAAUUGUUCCACCAGCAGCCACCUGCCCUGCCCAGGGGACCUCGUUACCUGUUCUUUGUGCGUCAGGAAGGGAAACCUGGGCUCUGCCUGGUUCCUUGGGGAGCUGCUUUAGGGACAUUCCUGGGCACUGGGAUCAGUCACUCAUGGCUACGCUGCUGCUGGAGUCCUCAGAAGAGCCCUGGGGCUGAUGCAAGGGCACAGCAUGUGCUAGCUCCUGCCAGGAACCAUUCCCAAGAGGGGACUGGGAUGUGGCCACACUUGGAAGAGGAAAGCUGAGCUGGCCUGGGAUGAGAGGAGUCCGAACCACCCUCAGCCCACCAGCACAGGCAUAACCUGGGAAAAUUAUUCCCCCCUC